GAGAGAGAGCACUAUUUUUCUGGGCUCUAAAAAGAAAAAAAAAAGCUCAGUAAGCUAAAUAAAUCUCUACCACAGAAGAAUCUAGAACCAGACAGAGAGAGACAGAGAGAGAGAGCGAUAAAGAGAGAGAGAGAGAUGAAGGAGAUGCAGGCAAUAGAGACGUCGCAGGGGACGACGAGAAGAGGAAAAUGGAGAUUAGGGAAAGGGUUCAAGCUCAGCUUGGUCGUGUUGAAGAAGAGACUAAGCGUCUUGCUUUGAUCCGUGAGGAACUUGAAGGUUUAGCUGAUCCCAUGAGGAAAGAAGUUGCUUUGGUUAGGAAGAAGAUUGAUUCUGUCAACAAGGAAUUAAAGCCAUUGGGCCAUACAGUUCAGAAAAAGGAACGAGAGUACAAAGAAGCUCUUGAAGCAUUCAACGAUAAGAAUAGGGAGAAGGUGCAGCUUAUCACCAAGCUAAUGGAGGUUAGUCAACAAAUGCUCGAAUCUCUUUUCUGUCAAAUACAUAUAUUUUGGGUCGAGUUUGAAAUGAUUGGAGUUAACUGAUCUACUUGUUGUUGUUCUGCUUUUCUCUGGUUUAUGGUUCUGUGUUGUCGGUUAUUUUUUCACAUUACCCCCUACUUGUGUGGAUAAAGAUAUUAAGCUAAUUACUGUCCCGUAACUCUGUUCUGAGACAUGCAUCAAACACUGAUAGUUUUAGGCAUACAUAUUAGUCAUCUUGCAGAUUCAGUGUUUAAUCCUUAGGUUUUGAUGUUGAGUUCUUCGACCGGUUAAAGCUAUGUGUGAGUCUUCUCCUUAGUUUGCGGAGUCCAUUCCUCCAAACUCUAUCUAAGUUAACACAUUGGUUGUUCUUGCCGUUUUCCAACAUAUCCUGUCUGUGAACCGAAACAUAUUCAUCAAGCCACUCACAUGUCAAGAGCAAAGCUCAAAAUGACACAACUCUGCAAAAAGGCCUGCUAGGUCCAAGGCCCAACACAACCCUGAAGCCCACAAUGAUUCAACGGCUAUCUGCAGAUCAAGACAAAAAGAAAGGAUUUGCAGAGAGUACUAGUACGGCAGUAACGACACAGAAUCGGUUUGCCUCACUUGAAUCAUAUGAUGACAAUGAAGCCACGUAACAUCAUUGUGCCAGAGCAGCAAUCAUUGGAAAACAUUAGACUUUAGGUUAAAACUCUUGUAACCAAUAUAAAAGCAAAGCAUAGAGUGUAAUGCCGAUUUCAAGGAUUGAAUAACAAAGAAACAAUCUUUCAUA